UUGCUACCUCCUUGCUAAAAUACACAUAGUUUAAUCUGUGGUUGUCUCUGUCAAAUUGUAAGGCAUUGAACUUUGAUUUGUUUGAAGUAUAUUUUUCAAAAUAAAUACCUGAAUAUUCUAAUUGUGUAGUAAUAUUUAAUUUAAUGUUAACUUAAGGAAACCAAGGAACGAAAGUAUUUUCUUUUAAAUAGUGAAUAGUUGUGUUAGAAUCUUCUUAAUAUAAACCAGAGACAUGAGUAUGUCUCGGUGCUACUCGUUAAUGAAAUGCCUGCUAAUACUUUUUAAUAUCAUAUUUUUGUGCGUGGGCAGCUGCGCGUGCGGCUUCGCAGCGUGGGCGCUGUGGGACGGGCAGGGCGCGGAGAGCCCGGCGCGCGGGCUGCUGGCGGGCGCCGCGUGGGGCGGCGUGCUGGCGCUGGGCGCGCUGGCGGCGCUGUGCGGCGCGGCGCGCGGCUCGGCGCCGCUGCUGGCCGCCGCCUUCUGCCUGCUGGCGCUGACGGGCGUGGCGGCGGCGGCGGCGUGGUGGGGCGCGGCGCACCGGCCGCAGCUGCGCCGCGCGCUGCUCGACGCGCUGGACCACACCGUGCGCCACGAGUACGGCGUGCUGCCCUCGCGCACGCAGCUGCUUGAUGUCAUACAACAGGGGCUGCAGUGCUGCGGGUCGGCGGGCCCGCGCGACUGGCAGCACUCGGCGUGGGCGCGCGCGCAGGGCGGCGCGGGCGGCGCGCUGGACCUGUCCGUGGCGGCGCCGCCCGCCUUCUACCCCGUGCCCGCGUCCUGCUGCGCCGCGCCGGGCGCCGCGUGCGAGGCGGCGCGGCGCGUGGCGGCGGCCAGCGGCGGCGGCGCGGGCUGCACGCGCGCGUGCGGCGCGCUGCUGGCGGCGCUGGCGCGGCUGGCGCGCGUGCCGCUGGCGCUGGGCGGCGCGCUGCUGGCGCUGCACGCGGCGGCGCUGCCGCUGGCGGCCGCGCUGUGGCUGCGCGCGCACCCGCGUGUCUCCUACAAGGCUUAGGCUGCGUCGAUGUGCCCGAUGCGUCAUCGCAAACGGAAUUUAAGAAGAUAAGCCCAAGAGAAGAAGUGCGUGUCGGACGAAUGUACUCUUGUGUUCCAGAGGUGACAUCGGUGAGCACUUGGUUUCCAUCCGCGCAUUUUGUAUCAAGUCUUUGCCGUUAACCAGGAUACAAAUGACUAUAUCCGUCUGGCACACACUAUUCAUGGGAAAUAAAUAAUCUAGUUUGUACCUGUAGAGCUUAACCAAAUGUGUGUUAGAUGUAAGUUGUGUUCGUUGUUUGUGGUGUAUUUAUUUAACCUGAGGAGCGUUUGGCGACACAGUCGGCGUGUACCGGACAGUAGGGGCGGCCACACGGUCACCACUCGUCUCUCAACGUCGGCUCGUGACUCGACUAAAUGCUAAUUAGGUAUUUCAUAAUGUUAACAAUGUUUGGUUGGUGUGUGCGUCGAGACCCCGACAGACUGCAGACUGGUCUGCAGCGCAUCUGUGCCUUCACUAGCAGCUCUCUUUACUAUAAGACAAUCGUACAAAUACUCACAUUUGAUCUCUGUCACUGCCAUUUACUCAAGACUGUUAGACUUUAUGUUGAGACUGAUUUUUUUUUCAUUAGUACUUAAGUUGUAACCAGUACAAAUAUUUUAUAAUUAUAAGUUGUUGUAUUUUUUUCAACGAGUCUAUAAGCAUAAUUUAUGAAAUGAAUACAUACACAUUUCUUAAAUAUUGGUACAUAUAUUUUUUUUGUAAUCAAUUUUAUGAUUUAUUAAGUAUAGUUAUCACCGACUAAUGAUAUAAGUAAUACGAGAACUCGCUACAGCCGAUGGUUGUACGACUUGUUUGUGUGGCUUUUUGAACUUUUGCCACUGUGCAGACAUCAUUGGCCAAACGUCAUUUGCUCGGUGGAAGAAUGUAUUUACUUUAAUGAUAUUUUAAGACUGCUAAUUGUUUUGAGAUUUGAUAUUAUAAUUGAUUUUGUAAGUAAGUAAUAGUAAGUGUCAACUCUUGCCCGGACAGUUCACAGUUGUAUAGCGUGCCUGGCUGGCACUGCCUCUGAGAGUAGAGCUGACGGCCGCACCGCAGCCGCCGCGCGGUGCUGCGGCGUCGCGCAAACCUUACUGAACACGUCCUGUAACAAAUAAAACUUAAUAAAUGUGUCAUUGUGUA